UUUCCGUUUUCGGUUUCUUCUUCUCCAAAUUUCGUCAUUCUGUCUGAGUACUCUGAGCGAGCAUGUUUACUACUUGAAGGAAAAGAUGCUUACAUUUUGUCCUGUUUGUGCUAACGUCCUGAUUGUGGAGGAAGGACCUAAGUGUAUGCGAUUUGCAUGCAAUUCCUGUCCUUAUGUUCAAAACAUUACAAAAACGAUCACACACAAGGUGUAUCCAAGGUUGAAAGAAGUGGAUGAUGUUCUAGGGGGAGCGGCAGCCUGGGAGAAUGUGGACUCUACUGAAGUGGUAUGUCCCAAGUGCGAGCACAAGAGAGCUUUCUUCAUGCAGCUGCAGACAAGGUCAGCUGAUGAGCCCAUGACCACCUUCUACAAAUGUUGUAACAUGGACUGUGCUCACAGGUGGAGAGACUGAGGCUGUGUGUGUGUGUGUGUGUGUGUGUGUGUGUGUGAAAGAGAGAGAGAGCAAGUGUGUGUUAGGAUUAUGUUUAUAAAAUAUAUGGAUAUUUGUGCAUGUAUGUAUGUGUGUCAGGGAGAGAGAGAGCUAAUCAUACUUUGAUUAUGGUGUGUGUGUGUUUGUGAAUGAUAAAUAUGUAUGUGUGUAUUUUUAUGUGUGAGAGAGAGAGAACUAGUGAAACAUUGUAUGUUUGUGGUUUUGUUAAUAUGUGUGCUUUUGUGUGUGACAGAGAGAGCGAGUGAUCUGUUGAACCAUAGUUUACAGCAUGUGUGUUCAUGUGUUAGAUGUAAAUACGUGUUUGCAUGUCUGUGAGAGACCUUGUAAAACAUUGUUUAUGGCAUGUGCUUUAUAUGUGUUGUGAGAGAAAGAGGUAGCUAAUGAAACAUUGUUUUUAAUGUGUGUGUAUGUGUGUUUGUGAUUAUGUAAAUUUAGGCCUAUGUGUUUGGGAGAGUAGGAAAUCAUAAGCACCUGGUACAAAUGCGUGAUCUCAACUGCACUCCUUCUAAGAGACUACUGAUAUACCACUGCCAGUAUAAUGUGCAUAAACGUGUUAGCGCAAUCUCUGAGAAAACCUGUCCACAGUUUACAAAUUAAACAUAAAUAUUUGACUGAAACCUGUUGAGUACACAGGUAUUAGAUUUAGUAAUUAUUCAGGUUUAAAAUACAUGCAUGUCAGUAAGGCGCCUUUUGGUAUCGUCUGAAAUACAAAUACUUUAGGUAUUGCAAACUGAAAUUUUAUUUACAAUUCAGCCAUCAUUAUUAAGUAUAGCUAGCCUGCCAGUCUAGCGCUACUUAAGUACAGCUAGCCUCUUCCAAUAUUUAAAUACACCAGUUUCAUUAUGAGAAUAACCGUGUUUAGGUGUCUGAGGAACCCUUUCGACAUUCUACUAAUAUACCAGUAUUGGUACGUGUGAAUAACGGUCAAAAGUACAUGUAGUGGUUUGUGGAAAAACUGUGCAAGUGUGUGUUUAAGAUGUCUGAGAAGCCUCCCACACCUGGCAAAUAUUUUAAUCAUGUGGACUGUACUCAUAGAUGUGGAAAAACUGAGGAUGUGUUGGAGUAUUUGUGUGUGUGUGUGUGUGUUGGAGAGAGAAAGAAUGGGGGUGGGGGGAGGGGGGUGGGACAUUAUUUACUUACAGUUCAUGCUCCUAUCAUCAUGAAAGCUAACAAAUGUAAUAAAAGACAACCAGUUCCAACCAUG